GCGCUUUCAGAGAAGAUGGUGGAAGGAGAUAAGCCGAAAUUAACCGAACGGGCCCCGUCUUUGUCGCCGGCACUUCCCGGUCGAACCGCCAAUGACCAAGCGGGGCUCAUCUUCGCCUCUGCUGCACUCGCCAAUAUGCUGGCCUCGGCGGUCAGCAACCCGCUAGACAUAAUUAAGGUCCGCCAGCAGCUCCGAACACAGUCCGCGCAGCUGUCUUCAUCUAAUGCUUUCUGGACCGUCGGUGCUCAAAUGGCCAAGUCAGAAGGUGUCCUCAGUCUCAUGAACGGCCUGACAGCGAGCAUGAUGCGCGAGAUCGUCUACUCAGGUAUCCGCAUGGGGACGUAUGAGUAUUUCAAGGACGCCAUCCUCGAUGUAUCGGCUGGGUCACUCUCCAAGGAUGGGCUAACCUUGAAAGUUUUCGCUGCCACUGUCGCGGCUACUUUGGGCUCGGCGGUUGCAAACCCCACUGAUCUCGUCAAAGUUCGCAUGCAGGCGCACUACCCCGAAGGAAGCCCCUAUCGCAACACCCGGCACGCUUUCGCCACCGUAUGGCGAGAGGGUGCAACAUCUACUGGAACGUCAACGCCUGCAGGAGGUCUUCGGUCCAUCUAUCGCGGUGUAGAUGCUACAACGGCCCGCGGAGUCGUUCUCUCGGUAUCGCAGAUAUGCUCAUAUGAUCAGAUCAAGCAGACGUUGAAGCAGAAGCGACUCAUGGAGGAAGGUUUUCCAUUACACUUCACCGCGAGCAUGUUUGCCGGUUUCAUCUGCUCCGUAACGUCCAACCCGGUCGACGUCGUCAAAGUUCGCGUUAUGAAUGACAAAGAGAGACGGUACCAGGGCGUCUCGGACUGCGUCAAGCAGAUGCUUCAGAAAGAAGGGCCUAAGGCAUUCUACAAAGGAUUUGGCAUGUGCUGGGCAAGACUCGGAACUCACACAAUUCUGAGUUUCGUAGCGUUCGAACGCUUGAGAUCGCUCUUCGGCAUAGCACCUAUGUAGACUGAUCGCUAGUUCAGCAAUACUCG